GUAUAUCACCUGGAAGAAAUAACGAAUACUCUGUUAGUGGUACUGAUUUUCAAAGUUAUGCGCCUUAUGUUUCAUUGAUUUAGAAAAUUUGAUAUAAAAGAAUAGAAAUUUACAAAUACGAAAGGUUAAGCUCUCCUAAAUUUUUCUCUUAUAUAGAAAAAACGUCAUUUAAGAACAUGUAACACUCAAACUUGAAAAAGAAGUAAUAAAACCUUUCAGCAUGAAAGCUUCAGUGCAGCGAAAUCUGAAAAACUUCAAUAAGUCUAAACUUCCCUUAAAUAUGAUGUGAUUAUUUUCAAGAUUAUAGUAUAGUGAAGGAGAACACAGGUGAGGACAACCGACUUGUAUUUAGCACAAAAUUACAGAGUUACUUGGUAAGAUAGAAAAACCAUAUAGUAAAUCGUUAAUUUGCAAAAUAUUAAUCCAUCAAAUCAAACCGGACUGUUCCUGUUGCAAACAUCAAUCCAUUGUCUCACAUUUCACUGUUCAUGCCCUCUUUCUUACAAAUUGCAUUAUGUUGUCGCUCUUCCUUUCUUGAUCUUCUCCCAUCUUCUGCUACCAGACAUUACGUUUUAUAACUCGCGUCAUAUACUACUUACAUCGAUAUAAGUAGCACGCACCACAACAGUUUGUAAGACCAAACAAUAUAUUGUAAAACAAGUGAUUAACUAUGGGCCCCUCAGAAACGUGUUAAUGAGAAAUAAAAUUGAGGUUCAUGCAUGUGUCCAAUUCUUUAUCUGUAAAAAGCCACAUUUUAAAUCGAUUUUUAUGGACUAUCCUAACUUUGUGGAGCUAAAGUAGUUAUUAUUAGGAAUAUAUUGUUUAAUCACUAAACAUUUUAAGACCAUCAAUACUGCAUAGUGUAACAAUGCAUAAAUUCACAAAAAACCAAAUAAAUUAAAAUCCUAACUUUACUUAAAUACGUCUGUUACCCAUCGUGGAGGAGCAUAGGUUGCCCAUCAGUAUUCUCCAUCCAACUCUGUUCUGGAAAAUCCUUUCCACUUGUUCCAGUUGCUAUCCAUCAUUUUAAUGUCUGCUUCCAAUUCCCGACGUGUUGUGUUCUUUGACCUUUCUCUUUUCCGUUUCCCUUCAGGAUUCUAGGUAAGCGCUUGCUUCGUGAUGCAGUUUGAUACUUUAUGUAAUUUAUAUCCUGUCUACCUCCACUGUCUUCCCAAUUUCCUCUUCAUUUGGAAACUGAUUUUUUUCUCUCUCUCACAGUAGGCUGUUGCUGAUGGUAUCCGGUCAGUAGACAUUGAGUAUCUUGCGUCGACAACUGUUUAGAAAUACCUCUACCAUUUUGAUGAUAGUUGUGGUAGUUCUCCAAGUUUCAGCUCCGUAAAGUAGAACUGUCUGUACGUUUGUAUUGAAGAUUCUUACUUUGAUGUUGUUUGAGAGUGGUUUUGAGCUCCAUAUGUUCUUCAACUGCAGGGAUACGACCAUUGCUUCGUCGAUUCUCACCUUUGCAUCAAAUCCUCCUUGUUUAUUGAUGAUGCUGUUCAUGUAUGUGAAAGUUACCACCUCUUCCAGAGCUUCACCAUUAAGUGUGAUAGGGUUGGCGUUCUCUUUGUUGCAUUUGAGGAUGUUGCUUUUAACCUUGGGUAUUUCGAGGUCUACUGUUGUAGAGGCUUCUUCUACAAUGGUUGUUUUGACAUGCAUUUGUUAGUGUGUAUUGGAUAGAAGGGCUAGGUCAUUUACGAAAUCUAAAUUGUCUAGCUGCAUCGAACCUCCAAAUGCUGUGAUUAAAUUCAAACUUCAAUGAGUGAAACACCUUAUCAGUUGAAUCAUAAUUUAUUUACACUUAUUAAUAACAUCUUAUCACCGAAAGAAGUACACCAUCUUCCCUUCGGAUGAUUUUAUGCACUAACGUAUUGUUGUACUAAACUUCAUACUACUUUAUUUAUGAAAAGCUAGUAGUAGUAUGUUCUUACAAUGUUUAUCUUUUGAAAAUAAAGUCUACUUACAGGUGCUGAAGAAUUAAGAAUUAAAAAGUCUCUAUUACCUGAACAUGGUGGUGGCUUACGUGAAUUUUCAGUUGAUGAAUUCAGUUUAUUCGAUAAUGUAAUGGAUGAGAAACUUUUUCUGUCAACCAGUGAACGUAGUAAUAUUGUUCAUCAUUUUCUGAUGAGUUUACGUGCUUGUCGCGAAGAUUCCGAUAUGUGUUCCAUUAAAUUUGCUAAUGAUCAAUGUAUGAUUCCAUCUCUUCAAUCCGCUGGUAUUAUCUUACAAAUAUUUCCAUUACACGAACCAAGUGAAUUAAAUAAGUUAACUAGUAUUUGGAUUCGUCGUUGGGUUGUCCUACAACCAUUAGAUGAAAUUAAAGAAUAUUUUGGUACAAAAGUUGCAUUCUAUUUUGCAUGGCUUGGCCAUUAUACAUAUUCAUUAAUAUUUCCAUCAGUUGUUGGACUUGCUGUUUGGUUAUUUGUUAAUCCUAACAAAAAUUCUUCAUUUUAUUAUUUAUUAAUGGCUAUUAUCAAUUUAAUAUGGACAUCAUUAUAUCUGGAACAUUGGAAAAGGACUAGUUCAUUUUUAGCUUAUCGCUGGGGUUCAUGGGAUACACCAAUUUCAUUAUUAGAAGAGCCUAGACCAUUAUUUAAAGGUAAAUUAUCUUUAUGCCCAAUUACCGGGAGACCUAUACGUACUUAUUCAAAAUGGAAACGUUUAUUAAUUUUAUGCUUUAUUACUACACCUAUUGUUCUACUUUCAUUAAUUAUUGUUAUUUAUAUCACAUUAAUGUAUGUUCGAUUACAAGAUAAAAUGAAUAUUUAUGCUGAUAAUAAUACAUCUGUUAUACCAAAUUUUAUAUUGGUGACUUUACCAAAGAUUAUCCUGGCUGUAUCAAUAUCAAUAAUGGAUUUUAGUUAUAAAAAAAUAGCUGUUUGGCUUACAGAUUUUGAAAACCAUCGUUUAGAAGAUGACUACAAUAAUCAUUAUGUAGUCAAGUUGAUUUUGCUUCAAUUUGUGAAUUCAUUUUAUUCCCUAUUCUACACAGCAUUUUAUCUGAAAGAUUUGGAAUUAUUAAGAAAGCAACUUGUAACAUUACUACUUACUCGGCAAAUAAUUGAUUCAAUCAGAGAAAUUUUUUUACCACUUGGUCACUCACGUUUACGACAAGUAUGGUUAUCAUUAAAAUAUGAACAGAGAUGCUUAGCUGAACGUAAUAAGUUAAAAUCUGAAGAUAAUAAUGGUUCAUUAGCAACAUUCAACCCUUCAUCAUCAUCAUCGUUAUCAUUAGCACAACCCAGUAAAACAGAUUCAGAUGUUGAUAAAUGUUCAAUAUUGCCUGAAAAUAAAAGUCAAUAUGUUGAUAAUAACAUAACCAGGAUAGAUGUUGAUGUGAAUUCAGAAAUCCUUAUCCAUCAACGAAUCCAAAAAGUCACUGAAAAAAAUAAGUUAAACAAUAAUUCAAAAUCUUUCGAUAAUUCAGAAGAAACACGAAUAACACCCGCUGAGAGAGAAGCUACAUUGUUACGUUAUGAAGAUCCAACCGAUGAUUUCUUAGAAAUGUUUAUUCAAUUCGGUUAUGUAAGUAUGUUUACUGGCAUAUUUCCAUUAGCCGGUUUAUUGGCUUUUAUGAAUAAUGUAAUUGAAAUACGAGGUGAUGCAUAUAAAUUAUCAACUAGUUAUCAACGUCCAUUUGGUCAAUUUGCAAAUAGUAUUGGUAUUUGGCAAUUAGCAUUAGAUGUUGUCAGCUAUAUAGCUGUCAUUGUGAAUAUUGCUUUACUUGGCAUAUCUGGAACUGUACAACGUCUGUUUCCUAAUUUAUCUGCUUCACAGUUGAUUAUUUUUCUUGUUCUGAUUGAACAUGCAAUAAUCAUAACACGUGCUGCGAUCAGUGCACUUGUUCCGCAUACGCCUACUUCUGUUGUACUUCAGAUAGCUAAAUUAGAGCAUCGUAGACGAGAAGCCCUUAAGAUACUUGAACGUGAAUCGAUGCGUGAACAUCAACGUCAACAAUCACCUUCUAAUAUAUGAAAACCUCACAACAGAAUUUGUAUGAAGAAUUCAUUAACCUUGCCGUACUUUACUUCAUGUCAUUUUGAUUUGAUAAAUGCAACUGACCAAAUAAGCAAUAUUUCAUUUUUUAAUAACAUUCUUUAUAUGAAAAACACCAAUGAAAUAUGAUUUUCUACUACUUAUUUCUAACUUAUUAUCAGCUUAAUUUACCGCAAUAUUUUCUUGGUGAUGUAAUAUUUAUUUCUGUAUUUUUUUGAAUUAAAUGAUAUUUUAUCCUUUUUCAAAUACAAACUGUUCAAUAAAUAACAGCUUUCCUAUUU